UCUACUGCCUUUCUUUACAUCUGGGAGUUUACUGAUGCACCUGUUGAUUGAGGAAGACUCGGCGCAUUUAAGAAUGAACAAAGUUGCUGUGAUGAAGUCUGAGCUUCACUUGGACGACGGCAGGAGAGCAGAGGAGAGGAACAGACUGAACUGUGCAGACGUACCUCAGACAAGUUUAGCAGAAGGACAGAGCGCGGACCUGCUGCGAUGCCAAGAGUCCACAGAACACAACUCUGCCAUGAAGUACAGAAGAUAUGGGUCCCGUCUGACUGGCGUAAAAGUUCGUCACAAAAGACAGGUGUUGCAGGACAUGGCCCGGCCCCUGAAACACUGGUUAUACAAACACCGGGACAACCCCUACCCCACUAAAACCGAGAAGGUCCUACUGGCUUUGGGCUCGCACAUGACACUAGUACAGGUUUCCAACUGGUUUGCAAACGCCCGACGAAGGCUGAAGAACACAGUGAGGCAGCCAGACCUGAGCUGGGCCCUGAGGAUCAAACUGUACAAUAAAUAUAUCCAGGGAAACGCGGAGAGGCUGAGCAUGUGCAGUGAUGACACUGACUCAGAGGAUGAAGAAUGUCCCUUACAGACUCCCAUCAGCCAGUCAAACUUCAGCAGGUCAUCAUCCCACAAGAGCGUGCUGGAGAAACAAGGCAACAUGCUCACCAUGGCUGACUGCGCCAACAGUGAUGACAGCACGUCCCCUCCUUCCAAGUACAAGAGCAGUCUACUGAAUCGCUACCUGAAUGACACCCUGCGGCACAUGAUGGUGGCGAAGGCCGAUGGCGUUGCGCCAGCCUGCAAGAGAAGAAGCCACUCCGAGUCGUUCAGUUCAAACGAAUGUGAUGGAGAUGUCGUCUCGCCGGCAUCGUCCUAUGAAACAGAGACCAACUUUGUCUACCACAUGGAUACAAGCGACUACAAUUCAGCUAAAUGUGACAGGGACCAGCAGCCGCUCAGAAGCCCGCAGAGACAAGAACACCAAGGCUGGAGGGAGAUCCACGCUGCUGUGGCUCUGACAAGCUUGGCCCAGGGGCAGAGCUGCACUGCAGACCAGAGCAGUGCUCCAGUGCCCAGCGCUGCCACAGGGCAGAGCUGCACCCGAGGGCCUCUCUCUGUAGCAAAGACCACUAUCACAGACAGGAUGAGCGUCACGGGAUCUGCCUCAGGUCUACAGCAGAGCUGUGCCACCGGGCCCGCUCUCACCAACCGCAUCAUCCAGAAAUCCUCUCAUAUCUCUGAGGUCCAGACUGUCAAAGUCUCACUGGCAAACAGUGUGUAGGCAUUAAACAUAUGGUUUCAUACAGGAAUACCAGACGUCCACGUGCCUUGCGAUAUAUACAUAUAUAUAUAUAUGUAUAUAUGUAUAUGUACAGCCUCUGAGAUCUUUGUUUUGUAAUGCUGAUUAACUUUAAUGUUUGUAACCAUUUUUAACACUAACCUAAUGCUGUUUAUUAGUUGUUACUGUUUUUUGCUACGUUCCUCAUGCCCCCCUCUGUUGCAGUAAGUUAUAUUAACUUCCAAGAGACUGGAUCAUCAUCCAAUGCUAAUGUUUGACAGCAGCUAUUUCAA